UACCUCUUGCUGCUUUCACGGUGUCCUCCUCUUGUCGCAUAUUGAUCCAGCUACUUGAUCGUUAGCUUUUGUGUCAGGAUGGUGUCUGUUUUGUCUAAAUGUUUGUCCGUUGUUUCUGGCUAAAGGUAUCUGGUAUUUUGCGGCUUUAAUGUUCCGUGCAGCUAAUCUAAAAACCAUCGGCAAAGCGGGAACGGGCUGGCACUUUCGCCGAACGAUGGACGAGCUUGUCCAUGAUCUGGUGUCAGCACUGGAGGAGAGCUCCGAGCAGGCAGCAAGGGGUGGAUUUGGGGACGGAGGGGACCAUGCACUGGCUGUGGGCUGUCUGCUGAAGAGACAGGCUCGGAAACGAAGAGGAAGAAAACGACGGUCAGAUAACCCACACCCCCCCUGGGAGACUGGACAUCUGAGUGAGGGCUCAGAGUCCAGUGUGGAGGAACACAAGGACUACCGUGCCAGUACAGGAGGUGUCUCCGCUGCCAACAGCCACGCCCGUGACAACAGCGACUCAGAUGAGCAGCUUGGCCCGAAGCGGCGGACUCCAUUAACAGCUGACAUGGGAAGAAGUAAACGACCGCUUUGGCCUGACGACCUCGGCGUUCUGGGCUCAGCAGAAGGAACUCGCAGCCUUCGACGCCGACGGAAGGUCAAACGUAUGGCUGUAGACCCACCUGCUGAUCCAGAACCCCCCACCUCAACCAUGCUAGGCCCACCGCCUGUCCCUAAAGCCCGUUCUGGUGGCAGGCCGCACAGACUGGGUGCCAAUGACGGCAGGAGUGCUAUGGAGCUCUGCGGCGGUGGCCUCAUAGGGCCUGUCGGAGGGAAGAGCAGGGUGAAGAAGAGGAAACUGGCUACACACAGGUUAGGGGUAGAGGCUGCUGAUGAGGGGGUGGUGGUUGAGAGUGAGGACCCCAUCUCAUCUCCAACAGAUGGAUCCAAGGACAAGAUGGAGUUGGAGGAGCAGAAGGGUUCGGAUGAGGACAUGAGUGACAGGUGUGAGACCAGCAGUGUCAGUAACAGUAGCGAUGGAGGCCUCUAUACCAAUGAUGAGGGCAGACAAGGUGAUGAUGAGCAGAGUGACUGGUUCUACGAGGGGGAGCCAGGUUCUGGUUCUGUGCCUGGAGGGGCAUGCGGGGUGGCCGGAGUGGUGCCCUGGUGGGAGAGGGAGACAGGGUCAGAGGAGCUGGACCUGGCAGACCCUGUUUUCAACAGCAUCCUCACUGGGUCUUUCCCUCUGAUGAGCCCUGGAGCACAGAGAGGGUUCCAGGCCAGGCUGAGCCAUCUCCAUGGAAACCCACAGGCAUCUGAGGUGGGGCUACAAGGAAGCUCGAGCCAGGGCUUCAACGACAGACUGGGUAGACAAAACCAGGACCCCCACGAGCCAUGGUUUACACCAGGCUCAAGGAGAGAACAUGGACAGUUGCACUGGGACUCGCGGACAGACAGAGGGCAUCGGAGGAGCUGCUCUGUAAAAACAGCCAGCAGACAGACCAGUGGGCACCUCGGCUCUCUAUGCACAGGGGAUGUGAAGCGGAGAAGGAAAGCAGCCCCCCUUGGUUCCACCGCCCCCUCAGGAGUGGUUGGGGAGAGCGCACCACCCAUCCCCGACACAAACAUGGGGAACCGCAUGUUACAGAGCAUGGGCUGGAGCCCGGGGAUGGGCCUGGGUCCAGAGGGGAGGGGCAUCACUGAGCCUAUCCGCGCCACACAGAGACCCAAGGGCACAGGUCUGGGCUUCAACUGAACACCCGGUCUCUGGAUCUCCAACCUGGAGCAGGCUGCGAUGGGCCAUCUCAGGAGCUACAAGGAGGAUGGAAAUGAAAGGACUGCUCAGGGCAACAAAUAGUUUAAAAAGAAUAAAAGUCCAGAUGAGUCCAGGUGUGUGAAGGCCAGCGAUGAAAGAAUUUUUCCCAUAUUGUGGAAACUAUGAGAAGCCUGCGAUAUCCACACUGACUGAAAUGGAGAGAGUGACACUUGAAGGUGAAUGAGUGAAACUGAGCUGCAAACCUCCUUUCAAGAAACUCCUUGUUGGAGGAAACUAAUGACAUUGAUGCUUCAUUAGUGUGUUCAGCUGGCAUGCUGCCUCAGCACCUCGAAAGCCUGCAUUUCAGUCCAGAGAACCGAGGUGACGUUGACAAGAGAGUGAGAGCAUGCACCAACAAUGAUAGUGCGGUUUGUUUUUGAUCAGCAAUAUAGGAUAGUGAAGUUAGGAAAAAUGAUUUCAUCUGUAAUUGCACAAGAAUUUUGGAAUCAAAGACUAUGUGAGUCGUCCAUACCUCAAAAUGAAUUUUAGGUUCCUUUUAUUGUAAAGAAUUUAGGGUACACUGUAUGGAUGUGUGUUGGGAUAUCUGGAUGUAGUUCCAUUUUAGUGUUUAUUUAAUGAGAGAAGUGUCAUCUGCAACACUGCAGUGUAUUUUGUAUCCGUCUAAAAACAAGAUGAUUCCAAACCCCUGUUUUCCUUUGUUUUAGCCCCGUUAUGUAUGCAUGCGUAGCUGUGACAACACACGUUUGGACACGUGAGGUCAACUCAGGCCAAAGAUUUAUUUGACUGCCUGUUAUACCCAUUAUUGUUUGUUUUUUUCUCUUAAAUUCUAACAAACAUUUAUGUUGCAAACUGUGGUAUACAGCUUCUUAUAACAAAGCACAUUGAUUUUACUAUAACAUGUUACAUAACAGCCAUGUGACUGUUAAAGCUACAUGACAACAUUAGUGUUCUCCUGCUAAGGUGAAAAUUGUGGAGUAUUUCUGCAAUAGAAGGUUCAUAGGUUAUUUCACUUUACACCUGUAUUCAGUGACACAGAUGUAUUGAUUUAGAAGCACCAUUGUUUGCUUUUUUUUGUUAUUGUUUUGAGACUUUAUAAUGUCCCCACUUCCUUACAUAGUUAAACAUGUUCAAUUGCAAAUGAAUGUUCUGAUAAAAUACAGAUAUAUGAAAAACAAAUUGUGGAGGAAGAUGCACUGUAACAAUGAUUUUGUUUAAAGUUCCCACUAUUUCAUCAGAGUGAGGGAUGCUGUCUAUGACUGGAAGGAAAAAAAAGUAUUAAAUUCUUAAGACAG